AUGUCUGAUUACAAUACUAAGGCAAAAGAAAUUAUAAAUUCUCAUCAAUUUGUUCAGUUUUCUGCAAAUUGGUGUCCUGAUUGCGUUUAUGCAAAUUCAGUAUGGUCAAAAUUUGGUGUAUCUGACAAAGUUCAUGUCUUUGAUAUUGGUAACCUUUCCAAAGAUGAACAAGCCCAAUGGAGGGAUGCUUUUGAAUCUGUUUCCAAGAUUAGAAACCUACCAACUAUCUUUGUUAAUGGCAAAGCUUGGGGUACCGAAUCUGAGUUACAUAAAUAUGAGUCAAAAGGAACUCUCAAAGACGAAUUAUCAAAAAUAGGCUUGAUAAAUUAA